AUUCGUGAACCUACUAUUAUUUUGGAGGCGGUUGCUUCAUAUGAUCUCUUGAUAUGGCAUACAUUUUUUGGUAUGCCCGGUUCACAUAACGACAUUAAUGUCUUCUAUUUUCAUGGAACUUGCGUAAGGGUAUGCUCCACUAGUCAAUUACAUAGUCAACGGCCACGACUAUACUAUGGGGUAUUACCUUGCAGAUGGUAUUUAUCCUAAGUGGCAAACUUUUGUAAAAGCGAUUCCAUCACCAAGAGGGAACAAGAAUAAACAUUUUGCAAAAGCACAAGAAUCUGCAAGAAAAGAUGUCGAGCGAACAUUUGGAGUACUUCAAAAACGAUUUGCAAUCAUUCGAGGACCUUCACGAAUGUUUAAAUUGAAGGUACUAACAAAUAUAAUGAAAGCAUGUGUUAUUCUUCAUAACAUGAUCAUUGAAGACGAACGUGAUAAUGGUGAUAGUCUUAACAUUGAGUAUGAUCGACUUGAUGAUGAUCUUCCUGAACUGUCGCACACUCAAACAAAUGAGUUUAUGGACUUCAUCCAACGUCGUCUUCAUAUUAAAGAUAGCUCAGCACAUCAUCAGCUUCAAGAAGACCUAAUUGAACAUCAAUGGCUACACUAUCCCCAACAAUAAACUAUGUCGCGUUAUAUUAGAUUGUUUUGUGGAUGUUAUGAGUUGGAUUUAGAAAUAUGUUAUGUGAUGAUCAUUAGAAUUAUAUAUGUAUAUAGCUCAACUUUUGUUAAAGUUUGCAUCUAUUUGGACAAUUGACUUGUAAUGUGUUACCAUCUUAAA